AUGGCCAAACGACUGGAAUACGAAAGGAAAAUGUGGGAGAUGGAAAGACAGCUUCAAAUUGAGGCGGAGGAUCUUAACAAAAAGUUUGAACAAGCACGUGCUGAACAAAAGAGUCAACAACAACAAGAAUACUUAAUGCACAAGAAGGAAGAAGAAGAAUACAAUUAUCAAUUGCAAAAGCUUAAACAAAAGAUAACAGGAGUAUUUUCCGCCGGCCCGACAAACACUUCUGGAAGUCUUGACCUGAGCAAGAGUUUGAUAAGUCUCUCUCCUUCAUCACCAAGUUUGUCUCCAUCCUUGAACAGCUCUCGUGAGUAUCCAAAAGAGAGAAACAAUGUACAAAGCCCCCUCUUGCUCUCUGCUCGCCCAUCAAGUGCGACGAACAUCAGUGCUAUUUCCACAACCAGCUCAAAAGUUCCGCUCAAAAAGGGUGUAUUUUCAAAACUGUAUUAG